AGGUGGGGUUUAUGCAAAGUGAAGCACACCCCAAGGGGGGGGGGGGGUACUGACUAAAGUGGAGCUAGUCGAGCAAUGACACUCUUCAAGCAAUGGAAAUUACACUUUUGGGUGUGUGUGUCUGAGGUUGUCGGAGGGGGUGCUUCAUUCAAGAGGAUCCAGAAUUAGGGUUUGGUGCUCACACCCCUAAAAUCGCACGUAAUCUGAUUCCUUGUCUUUGCUAUGCUCUCAAUUCUAUCCAAUUCCUGGCUGCCCCCACUGCCCCGUAACCGCUCCACUCUUGCUUUCGCCUUCCCUUCUUCCCUCGCGGCUGUUCCACUCGCCUCUCUUCACGUCACACCUCUGCCCUCGUCUCUGCCUUCUUCGUUGUUGCUGCUGAUUUUGUCUCGUCUCGUCUUGUUUUGUCUUUGUCCUGUUCCCUUGCUUUCUUCUUCUUUUCUUCCCUUCUCGUUCCCUGUCUGCGCGCGUGUGUGUGUGUGUGUUUUUUUUUUUUUUUUUUUUUUUUUUUUUUCCCGCUUUCGUUUUGAUGCACGCGCGCCCGGGUGCUCUGGUUAUGGCGGACUUUGGAGGCGUUUAUGGUACGGCGUUUGGAUAGCGGUAUUGCGCUGGGAUGGAGAUGGUGAGAAGGAAGGUUGUGUAGGGCAAGGAGGAGCAGCAUGAAGAUUGACGAGACGCCUCUGAAUCUCUACUUGAUCGAACACCUAAAACCAUUGACUGAUGCAGACCCUACUUUGCUUGCUGUCUAUGUUGCGGCGCUGUUAAAGAAGAGUAAGCCCAGGAAGGAACUUCAGACAUUGUGCGUGGACCAGCUGUACGACUUUCUGGGAGAAGCCGUGGGUGCAGGAACAAAAUUGUUCAUCGUCAACCUCUUUCAUGCUCUUGACGACGGAACGAUCCCCUCCGGAAUGGAAGACGUAGCAGGUGUCAAGCCUCUCCAUAACACGGAGUCCCUUGCUGGUGCUGCAGAGACCAGAAUAUCACCUUCUCAUGUAGAGAGGCUACCGAGUGCUGGCGCUCAGGAUUGGGACGACGAGUUGGAGGAAGAAGAAAGCAGUGAUGACGAUCGGAACCACAAGCAUCGGCGCCGAGUUUCUCUAUCCCGGUCUGCAGACAGAGUAGACGAACCUAAUGUUUCCCGGUACAACGGAGGUGGUUCAAACGAUCUCAAACGCCAAGCCGGUGACCAUGGGAGAGGAGGAGGUCAAUUCGAUCGAGAAAGGUCGUCAAAGUUUGAUAGACGGACAGGUCGUGAUGCUGGAGGUCGGUUCAGCAACGGAGACCAAGCUGAGCGGGGUCUAAUACGAGGGGGCGGUCCUCCAUUUCGGGGGGACGCACCGAACGUGCGGCUCGAUGGAGUGCGUAUGGGUCGCGGCAGAGGGGCCGGGAGUUGGGCUGGUCCUAUGCCGCCUCCCUUUGUCGAUGCACCGCCUCCUUUGCCCCCAAACGCAGGUUUUUUCCCAAACGGCAGGGGCUUGGGUGGGCGCGGGGUUGGGUGGCCCGGAGGGUUUGGGCACAUGGGUGGCAUGGGAGCUGGUUCGUUGGAGCUCUCGCAUGGCGGGCGAGGACCACCCGGAGUUAUGAACCUAGGGAUGGGAAUGGGCAUAGGACCUGUGCGACCGAGGUGCCUGGAUUUCGAAGAGCGAGGAUUUUGUCUUCGAGGAGAUCUGUGUCCGAUGGAUCAUGGUUCCCACAUCGUCGUGGAGGAUGUGCAGAGCCUGUCGAAAUUCAACCUACCCGUCAACCUGCCAUAUGGGCGAGGUAUGGCUGUGGCGGCCGGGCAGAUGACAGCCUCCAAUGCCAUGCUACCCGCUCCUGCACCUGCAAGUUCUCGAGGUAGCCGGGGGAACCGAGAGCCAAGCAUUUCUCCAUUAGAAGCCUCGAUCACGGUGAAUGGUCAAGUGCCUGGUGCCGAGGCUGACCUGUAUGACCCUGAUCUAUAUGACCCUGAUCAACCGCUUUGGAAUAAAGACAGACCCGAGGCGACGGGAAGGAUUAGAAAGUUGUCAGCGUUUCAGGCGGAACACUCUGAAGUGGGAAAAGAGAAAACAGAACUAAAGAAGAACACGGAGGGGCGAGGAACUGAUGGUGGCUGCAGAGGUGCCAACAGCAGCGGCUUGCAUAGCGGAGACGCAGGGUCCACUGUGUGGGAUCGUAUUGGGCCUGUAGAUGUAAGCGCUGCUAGUGGGGAGGUGAAGGUAGAGGAUCAUCUGAGCCAGGGGAGAGGAGUUUCGUGGCAGCCAGGAAGAUGGGGUCACUGCGAAUCUGACAGCGGAGCCACCAACCUGAAUACAAAUCCUGGACGAGAACGAGGCGCUGCCGGGUGGGCAGAGGUAGGUCUUCCAUUGAACCGCUCCAAAGAGGGGACCAACUUGGGGCCACGCGCUCCUGGGCGCAGCGUAGAACGUGCUCAACGCACACUCUAUGUGAACUGCAUACCUCCCAAUUCAAACCGGCGAGAAGUCUUGCUUACGCACUUUGAAAAAUUUGGACGUGUUGUGGAUGUUCGAAUUCCGCCACACAGUCACAGAGCCUUUGUCCAGUUUGCUACUCGAGAAGAGGCAGAGUCGGCAUUGGCUUCCCCCGAUGCUGUAUUGGGGAACCGCUUCAUACGAUUGUCGUGGGCUAACCGUGAUAGUAUCACUAGUGACAAUGGCGCUUCCACUUCUUUUAUUGGUCAGCCGCCAACCACUGGCUCUGAGCCUGCAGGUGGCCAUACUGCACAGUUGGUAAAAGGUAGGGAAAAGCUGAGUUUGACUGGUCUGAAUGGAGUCGUUGCCGGCCUGUCAGGAGCCUCAACCGCAGAAGGCAGCAACAAAGCUACUACGCCGAAUGGUUCCACAUCUUCCUUGCCCAGCCCAGUAGCUGUGGCAUCAAAGAAGCAGGAGGAACUCGAGCUAAUGCGUGAGAAGAUUCGUCAGAAACAAGAGGCCCUCGCUCAGAAACGCGACGACUUUCGGCGGAAGCUAAAUAAGCUCGCCAGCCAGGGAGUCACAGGAGCGGAAGACCCUCAAGGAGACCAUGCCAGGAAGCGGCAGAAAAUAGACAAUUCUGGCGACGCGAUACCGUGCAAAGAAGGUGCUGGUGUUAUCAGUUUACCCACUAAUUUUGGCCUCAGGAAGACAAAUUCUUUGGAAGUCGCGCAGGUGGGUGUGCGACAGGUGCCAUCUAAGCCUAUGAGAUCUCCCCACCCUCGAACAGCUUCAGGGACGUCUACGGGACAUCCCGCAGCUUCUUGGGGCCCCGCACGAUUCAAACUCGAUAACCGCACCACGGCUUUCAGGGUUCUACCCCCACUUCCGUCCACAGUUACUGAUGUUGCAGCUGUAAGAGACCAUUUCGCCGCAUUUGGUGAGCUAUCAAGCGUAGAAGUCGAGGAUGCCGAGGGUCACAAAGCGGACCCAGAACAGACGUGGAGCACGAACAGCUCCGUACGGAUAAGCUACACAACCCGACGGAGUGCGGAAAGAGCCAUGACGCAGGGCAGGUGGUUUCACGGGCAGUCGUUAAAUCUGGUUUGGGGCUCUGUUGGUUCAACGAGUCGGCUAUUAGAAGGUCCUGUCCCCGCCGGCAAGGCCGCCCCGUCCGAGCACGAGACCACCGGUAGAUGCGUCGCCAGCGAAGUUAUGGAGGAAGCAUCUGCUGAAGAGGUGCACCACGUGGAAAGCAAGCCAAACUUAAAAGAUGAUUCUCUUUUAAGUCCAGCUCGGGUGGUGUGAUUCACCAAUAACACCAGACGCCUGAGAUGUAACAGGCAUACUUGCACCUGUCUGAAUAGUUCUGAAUGUAUCAGGAAUCCCACUUUGCGUUGGGAAACUCUCGAGUGCCUCAUUAGGAACGAGGUUUGCUCGACACAUUUAGUGCAGUGUAGACUGUAAUUUGUAAGCCUUUCAGUUUCCACCUUAGUCUUUUUUUCUUUUUCUUAGGACUUUCAGUUGGCAAGAAGUCAAGCCAGACGUAGAGCUCAUGAUCAAUAUGUGCAGUCAAAGAGCAAUUUUUGAAAAUCAAAAUCAAGCAGUCACGAGGCUGGUUGUAAACAGCCAAGCAAGGUGGUUGUGGCUGCUUACUGCCACUUCCAGGUCACCCUUGCCAUUCCAAAUCA